CGCCGCCGCGGCGGCGGGGCCGGGCGGGGCGGGGGGCGCGGCCACAUAAAGGGCCCCGAGCACGGCCCGGCCCCGUAUUGCCUCCACACCGCCACACGGAACGGACCGGAAUAGCACCGCACCGGGGCUGCAGUUCAAGAUGUCUAAAAAAAUCCGUGGAGGCUCCGUUGUGGAGAUGCAAGGAGAUGAAAUGACACGGGUCAUCUGGGAACUGAUUAAAGAAAAGCUGAUUUUUCCUUAUGUAGAUCUGGAUUUGCACAGCUAUGACUUGGGCAUUGAGCAUCGUGAUGCUACAAGUGAUAAAGUAACUGUGGAAGCUGCUGAAGCCAUAAAGAAAUACAACGUUGGCAUAAAGUGUGCAACCAUCACUCCUGAUGAGAAGAGAGUGGAGGAGUUCAAUUUGAAGCAGAUGUGGAAGUCUCCCAAUGGCACAAUUAGAAACAUCCUAGGUGGCACUGUCUUCAGAGAGGCUAUUAUUUGCAAGAACAUUCCCCGGCUGGUGUCUGGAUGGGUGAAGCCCAUUGUCAUUGGCCGUCACGCUUAUGGGGAUCAAUACAGAGCAACUGAUUUUGUGGUACCUGGGCCUGGAAAAGUAGAGAUGACCUACACUCCCACAGAUGGAGGCAAACCAGUCACAUAUCUGGUCCAUAACUUUGAAAGCUGUGGUGGUGUAGCCAUGGGAAUGUACAAUCUUGACCAGUCUAUCAAAGAUUUUGCUCACAGUUCCUUCCAAAUGGCACUGUCUAAAGGCUGGCCCCUCUACAUGAGCACCAAGAAUACCAUUCUGAAGAAGUAUGAUGGCCGCUUCAAAGACAUCUUCCAAGAGAUCUAUGACAGAGAAUACAAGUCCCAGUUUGAAGCCAAAAAGAUCUGGUAUGAGCACAGGCUCAUUGAUGACAUGGUUGCUCAGGCCCUGAAAUCUGAAGGAGGCUUUGUCUGGGCCUGCAAGAACUAUGAUGGGGAUGUGCAGUCAGACUCUGUUGCACAAGGCUAUGGCUCUCUGGGCAUGAUGACCAGCGUGCUGAUCUGCCCUGAUGGCAAGACUGUUGAAGCAGAAGCUGCUCACGGGACAGUUACUCGUCACUACCGCAUGCAUCAGAAAGGCCAAGAAACCUCCACUAACCCCAUUGCCUCCAUCUUUGCAUGGACAAGAGGCCUCGCUCACAGAGCUAAGCUGGAUAACAACAGUAGCCUCAGGAACUUUGCAGUUGCCCUGGAAGAAGUCUGCAUUGAGACCAUUGAAUCUGGCUUCAUGACAAAGGACCUUGCUGCCUGCAUCAAAGGCCUGCCUAAUGUGACACGCUCUGAUUAUCUGAACACCUUUGAGUUCAUGGACAAGCUUGCUGAAAACUUGAAGCGGAAGCUGGCCUCUAUGCCCAAAGCUUAGGGCUUGGGUUCUACUCAAGCUCCCCCAACAAAGUCUCCCACUUACAUAAGAGUGUAAGUGGCACUGUCUAGUGCUUUGUUGCGCUUCUUUUAGGCUGUCCUUCAGCUUUGGCCCCCUGGUAUUAUCACACUGGCAGAUACUUCCUAUCAGGAUCAUCUUUUUGCCCAAUUACUCAUUUUUCUCUUGAUUUUCUGUCUGAUGCUCUUUCUGCUCACACUUGAGUCCUCUUGCAAAGCAUAGGCAUUGGAGGUCUCUUUCCUCAUGAAAAGUGGAUUUUUUAGACUAGAAUCAUUUGAGGGAACUCUUCAUGACUUGAGAAGUACAAACUGGGGAUUUUAGCAAGCUCUCCAUACUUUGUAUCUCAAACAUAGAUACCUUCUUAACCUUUUGCAUCAAGUCAACACUUUCAAGACUGCAGCUGUGCUGGAUUCACCUCAUAUGUACUUCCAAAGUCUUGGACUCCAGCAGGAGAGUGGGAAUGGUGCUCCACACCACAGUCUCUAUUCUUCCUGUCAAAAGCCCCCUCAUGUGUCCUCUGCCCCUUCUCACAGACUUCAGCCUCACUAGAACAUGUUGCAACUUUUGGCUGAAGAAUCUUCUUUACAUUUUGAGCACACUUUUCAUCUUGAGAUCUAUCAGGAUUACUUUCUGAGUUGUUUUUAAUUGCAGUUGUUUUCUUUUUUCCUGUUCUUGCUUUCUUAACAGUUGUUCUUAUCAGUUUUCAUUUUCCAAUAGGCUCCCUCCAGGGUACAAACAUUCACCCAUGAUUGCUGAAUUUUUACAGACUCACUUCCCCUAGAUGUGAAGCUAUACCAAUAUAUAGAUGAUACUCUAAUAAAAGGAGAUUCCCAUGAAAAGGUGGGAAAAGCAGCAGCAAUAAUGGGAAGCAUUACAUGAAGCAGAAAUUGAAAUUCCACUUGAAAAACGUCAAGGACCAAGUAAAGAAAUAAAAUUUUUGGGUACUAGGUAGAUGCAGGAAAUGCAGUAGGUCCUGCAGUCACUUUAAAGAAAUGAGAACAAAUACAAGUGCCCUCAUCAAAAAGAGAAUUACAAGAGUUAAUGGGAGCUUUAGGAUAUUGGCAAAAACACGUUCCUGGCUUUUCUGUCAUUUCUCGCAUUAGUGGCUCUGUAUUGUGCUUUGCUGUGUAACAUUACAAACACUAGACAAAAAUGAACAUAGACACUUUUAAAACUUUCAAAAAUCAUGUUUUCUGAAACCUUUGAGCUGCUGGGCUAAGCCCGACUUUUGCAGAUGAAUUUGAUAAAAGCUUGGUAUGGGUCUGGAUACCUAAUUUUGUUCACAGCAGACCUGAGGUUUUUCUCUAUGACUUUGAUCUAUGUCUAUCUCUUCCUCUCAGUGUGAAGGCCAGUUUGUGUCAGAACUCUGGUGAAACCAGCAGUGACCUACUGUCCAGCAGACCUUAGAAAUUAAUACCGUCCUCUUCUCUCCAGUACUUCCCAGUGAGUAGAAGUGAGCUCAGAGGGCUAUGCCAGCUCUACUGCAGCCCUCCUAAAUUUAACUUGUAGUGCCAACCAGAGCACAGUAUCCUGAUACCAAGGGAUUUGGUUCCAUUGCUACAGUCAGGACUGUAGCAUUUGAAUAGCACUUAGUAAAUGCUGGAAACAAGCCUUACAGGCUAAGAGCCUACCAAAGCCAUGCUGCAGUGUCUAAAUGCAGGCCAUGCAUUUAGUUAUGCUCCUUCUGACUGGAUGUGAAGCAUAGGAACUGUUAACCUCUUCCCUCACCCCACAAUUCAUAAAGGUGCAAACUCUUCUCCAAUUGUCUGGGCUAUUACUUACCCUUGUUGUCUUACAGCAAGUCAGAUCAUGACUGUGAAAACUUACUCCAUCCAUGGUUGUAUGUUGGGUUUUUUUUAAGGAGUAUUUUUGAUUCAGACUAAAAUAAAAGCCAACUAACAUUCA